AUGGCGACCAUUACACAUGAGUCCGUCCAGGAGGAUACGCUUCAACAUCUAACUCUUCAGCAUCCAGACCGUGCACAACCACGAGAUGUCGCGGCUGAAGUUCUCUACAGCAAAGAAGCCGAUGACGGCACUCCACUUACACUCGACUCCAUUCACUCGAGCGACAUCAACUUCAAAGAAAGUCGAAAGGUUCUGAUAAAGGAUGUCAGGAACGACAUCAGCGAUUUCACCUUGGAGAAGCACGGUUUCGAAUAUGUCAACCAUGAAGUCCCCCAAGCCCAUUUUGUCAACGAAGAAAGCAUUAAAGCCGUCCACUAUCCCGAGAUAGAGGCAUUCAUUGCUAAGUCCACCGGCGCCAAGAUGGUCCUGAUCUAUAAUCACAUCGUCCGCAACGCUCCCUGGAGCAACGACAUCAGGGAGAUCAAGUCCUACGUCGGUCCAGCCCAAAGGUGCCACAUCGACGUGUCCACAGAGUUCGCGAAAGAGGUUGUGGAGAAUCAAUUGAAGCGCUUCGAGAAGGGAGACAUGGUUUCUGAGGUCCUUGCCGGUAGAUGGCAGUUGCUAAACGUCUGGCGACCCCUAAAGACGAUACGCAAGAACCCUCUCGCAGUGGCCGACGCAAAAACGGUGCCCUACUCCGACCAGUACAUGGUAUCUUAUGACAGGGAAUAUCAAGAGGAUGGGAAAACCAAGAAGCUCAGGGUCGAGACACCGUUCACGCAAGCCUCGAAGAAUGACAGUCAUCAGUUCUACUACCUGCACGAACAGCGUCCAGAUGAGCUGCUGAUCUUCAAGACUGCAGACAGCGACAAAAAUACUGCGGCCGGCGCUGCAACGCAUACUUCAUUUGAGUUGCCUGGUACAGAGCAUCUGCCAACGCGGGAGAGUAUUGAGAUCCGCCUCCUCGCGGUGUACUAG